AUGUCUAAAAUCCAAAAUAGUGACGACGUCAAAUGCCAGCAAGGAUGUGGAAACAGCAGGACUUUGCAUUCAUUGUUCAUUCAAGAGCAAAAUAGUACAACCAUUUUGGAAAACAGGUUAGUAGAUUCUUAUAAUGAACUCUCUGAGAGAAUAAUCCAGUUGUUAUAUGACUUGGCAGAUCAGUUGCAUGCUGCAGUUGGUGCUUCCCGUGCUGCUGUUGAUGCUGGCUUUGUUCCCAAUGAUAUGCAAGUUGGACAGACAGGAAAAAUAGUAGCACCAGAACUUUAUAUUGCUGUUGGAAUAUCUGGAGCCAUCCAACAUCUAGUUGGGAUGAAGGACAGCAAGACAAUUGUGGCUAUUAAUAAAGACCCAGAAGCUCCAAUUUUCCAAGUGGCAGAUUAUGGAAUUGUUGCAUAUUUAUUUAAGGUAGUUCCUGAAAUGACUGAGAUAUUGAAGAAAAAAAUGAAUCAUGACCACGUCUUAAGAAGAAAAACAGUGUCAGAGUAUUCAGCCGGAAUCACAGAACUUCAUGGAUUAUGUCAUUGGAAAGCGUGGAGAGCUACAUUUCAUAAUUCAAGGAAAAAUUUCUAAAAGAUGCCAUAAUGCUUUUUUAUGAGACUAUUAUCAUGUUUCUUUUUAAUUAUUCAUGGCUCCAAACAAUUAUUUUCAUAAAUUUUCUAAUUAUGUAAUAAAAUCUAUAA